AUGCCCUACAAUAGUCGUCGACCCUUCUCGCCGGUAAGUUUCUUACCUCGCUGCCUCCAUUCCCCCUUAUUCUUCUCGAGCCAAUGGGUUUACGUUUUAGAGCUUGAAGCCUGCCAUCUAGACCAAAACCUCGAUACGACAACGGAUUACAUUGAUGAAUGCAAAACUGAUGGAUUGAAGCUUUUAAGGAAGGCGGUAGGUUCUCGCUAUAUCAAAAUCAUUCCAUCUACUCAUCGCAUUCAGAUCUCCGAUCCCAACCAAAUAAUGGCUGAAACACCGCCGUCUGCCGACAACCCAACUCUCUUUUCUCCAUUCAAGAUGGGCAAGUUCAAUCUCUCUCACAGGGUGGUGUUAGCUCCGAUGACAAGGUGUAGGGCGUUAAACAGUAUACCGAAUCAAGCUCUGGUGGAGUAUUACAGACAGAGAGCAACCGCCGGUGGGUUUCUCAUCACGGAGGGGACAAUGAUCUCUCCUACCUCCGCCGGGUUCCCUCACGUACCAGGUAUAUUUAAUCAAGAACAAGUUGAAGCUUGGAAGAAAGUCGUGGAUGCAGUUCAUGAAAAAGGUGCUGUGAUCUUUUGUCAAUUAUGGCAUGUCGGCAGAGCAUCCCACCAAGUAUAUCAACCUAAUGGGGUUGCACCAAUAUCAUCUACGAGCAAACCCAUAUCGAAAAAAUGGAGAAUUUUAAUGCCAGAUGGGACCCACGCUCAAUAUCCAAACCCUCGACCACUCGCCACCCAUGAAAUACCGGAGGUGGUGGAAGACUAUCGUCUGGCAGCCGUUAACGCCAUUGAAGCAGGUUUUGAUGGAAUCGAGAUUCAUGGAGCCCAUGGUUACCUUCUCGAUCAAUUCAUGAAAGAUGGCAUCAAUAAUCGAACAGAUGAAUAUGGUGGAUCUUUAGCAAACCGAUGCAAAUUCUUACUGAAAGUGGUGAAAUCGAUAGCUACAGCCAUUGGUGCAGAUAAAGUUGGUGUUAGAAUCUCACCAGCUAUUGACCAUUUAGACGCCAUGGAUUCUGACCCACGUAGCUUAGGGCUUGAAGUAAUUGAAGGGCUGAAUAAACUUCAGGUUGAAUUAGGGUCAAAGUUGACUUAUAUUCAUGUGACUCAACCAAGGUACACGGCUUAUGGUCAAACAGAAGCUGGAAGCCAUGGAAGUGAAGAGGAAGUUGCUGAGUUGAUGAAGAUAUGGAGAAGGGCAUUUAUGGGAACUUUUGUUUGUAGUGGUGGGUAUAAUAGAGAGCUUGGGAUUGAAGCUGUGGCUAAAGGGGAUGCUGAUUUGGUGGCUUAUGGAAGGCUUUUUAUAUCGAAUCCGGAUUUGGUUUUGAGACUUAAGGUUAAUGCACCUUUGAAUAGGUAUGUUAGGGCUAGUUUUUAUACACAUGAUCCUGUUGUAGGGUACACUGAUUACCCUUCACUUGAGAAAGGAAAUGGGAAUCUUGAGAGGUUGUCACGCAUGUAGUUGUUUCUGGUUAUAAUGCUUAUAAUUGAUAUGUAAUAUGUAGCUUAUGAUAUGUGUUUUAUUGAUUAAUGUGAAAGUUUGCUUAUGAAUGAAAUAAGUAUUUCUUUUUGCAUAUUCACUAUUGAUAAUUUUGUAUGUUCUUUUGAAAGUUUCUCUAUAAUUUCUUUCUUGG